GCAUUUUCUGCGGAGUCUGACGGACGCUCUGGACAGUCUGGUGGACAGCACGUCCAAGCAAUGCCAUAGCUUGCUACAAGGUGCACCGCAUGGAGUUCUCAGUCGCUCCCAAGAGAGGGGCAAUCCGGCCGCGCUUUUGGCGCUUGUGGAGGCGUUGGGUGAGGGGACGUCGUCGGAGGCUCAAACGGGUUUGAUUGAAGGCGAAGAAGAGCACGGGCCGAUGUCUGAGCGUCUGUCGCCUUCCUCGCUGUCGCUUGCGCCCGAAACGGCCGGUGGCAGCCAUGAAGAGCGGACGGUGGGUGCAGAGGCUCUGAGGAGCCUCCGCGAUCUAUACUUAGGACAGAGCCUGCAGCGUCUGUGUCGGCCCAUAGAGCAGAUGUUCCCCAGCCAGGAGGGCUACCAGGCGGCCAUUCCCAGCAAACAUGACUUGCAGGCGCUCCUUCGCGUCAUGCAAACCGAGGUUGUAAGCGCCCUUGCGGAGGGAGGGCCGCUCCUCCUCCCUCACGUGCUGCAGGGCAUGGUGAAGGCGGUGUAUCUCUUUUGUGCGAAGAUCGAGGCCAUGAUCAACACCGGAGAGGGCGCACGCAAGCUUUAUCCGCUGCGUGGGUGGAUGCUGGGGUACGAGAAAGAGCACAACCUGCAACUCCUGCAGCUGGUGGCCCUCCUACACCACGGCCUUCAACGCUUACCGCAGGAGCUGGCGCCUGCCUUCCGCGUCGGAGUCUCUUGCACGAAAGCUGUGGCGGAGGCCGUGGGGGCCCUGGAGACAUUAGCAGUCGUCAACUUGGUACAUCCCUACAUGGUGGACAUCGCGACGGAGCUGGGUGGGACGCUGGCGGAGAUGCACCUGGAGAACUAUGCGCCUCUACCUCAAGAGCAAGAACAAGGAGACAAAGGCCAAACUAUGAAUUCCCGAUUUAUCAGUACCUUUCAAGCCGCUGUGGAAGCUUUGCGGAAGCAUCACCUUAGCCGUUUCCCUUUACAAUGCGAGUUUGUCUCCCGGGCCUUCAAGGCUCUCGCCGGACGGCUACUGCGCCUUUAUGUGAGCCAUGCGGCGCUCGUCCGCCCUCUCAACGAGGCAGGCAAGGCGAAAAUAACCAACGACAUGGCCAUGCUGGAGACAGCCCUCUACUCCCUACAUCCUAAACUCGCAGAGCUGGGUGCCCCUUACCUGGAGCU